AUGACAACAUACAAGAAAGUGAUUCUUCGGGAUGCCUGCUUUUGGGUUUGCUUCAUGUGCUUGGCAAUUGUAGCCACCGUAAUGACAUCCACCGCCGGAGGCAGCAGCGGCGAUGCAACUUCAUUCAACAUCACAAAAGGUGCCAACAUGACCAAACCGGGAUGUCCCCGCCAAUGCGGGAACGUCAACAUUCCAUAUCCCUUCGGCAUUGGCCUGGAUUGUGCUCUGGGGACCGAGUUCGAAGUCAUUUGCAACACUUCUUUUAGCCCAUCCAAACCCUUCUCUGAUGACUUUCAGAUCUACGAAAUUUCCGACCGCCUAGUUACAGUUUCCAACGCCAAUUUUAUGACACAUGAAUGCAAUCACUCAUUGUCAGGCACUGCAAAGAAUCUUACCGCAACCCCAUACAGCUUUUCCACGCUGAACACAUGGACCGUGAUUGGAUGCCAUGUUGAAGCCGACUUAUCAAGUACUUCUGGGAUAUCAAGUCGAUGCAUAACUCAAUGUAAUGUUACAGAUAAAUCGGAGGAUGAUAAUUGUUCCGGACUAGGUUCUUGUUGCCAAAUGAGUACACCUAGAAGCCUGAAACAUUAUUCUCUUAACUUGUCUAGUUCAGGCAACAAAUUUCCCUGUAGCUAUGCUUUUUUCAGUUUCCGCGACAGUUUUUCGUUCCAGAGUGUAUCCAGUAAGUUAUCAGACCCCAAUUUUGUGCAAACCGUGGCUUCUCUUCCGUUGGUACUGGACUGGGCUAUCGGAAAUUUGAGUUGCUUGGAAGCACAGAAAGCCGAUGAUUAUGCCUGUCAGGCCAAUAGUUACUGUAUUGAUGCGGAGACUGGAUUUGGUGGAUAUAGAUGUAGUUGCAAACAAGGGUAUGAGGGGUAUCCUUAUCUGAGUCCUGGUUGCCAAGAUAUAAAUGAAUGCGCGGAUCCUAACACUCAUGUAUGUGAGAAGAUAUGUAAUAACACUCCCGGUGGUUACAAUUGUUCAUGUCCAGAAGGGUACGUCGGAGAUGGCAGGAAAGAUGGUCUUGGUUGCAUAUCCAAUGCAGAGUUUCCCAUUGUUAAGCUUUCUCUUGAAAGACCAACUAUGAAGGAAGUCGCCAUGGAACUUGAAGGGCUCAAGAAGUUCACACUUCAACAUCCUUGGGCUAAUAAUCUCAUGCAUGGUCAAAAUGAAUUAACUGGGUUAAUGGAUACUGAGACUGAAUCUUCAGAUCUUUACACAGUUCCACUUGACAUUGAUUCAGAUUCAGUAUCUCUCGUUCCGCGAUAUAGUUUGGAAGUCGACACAAGUUAG